AUGGCUGAAGGAAGUAAGGCUACAAAGGAAGUUUUCAAAAAAACACUACCAAAGCUUAUUAACACACUUGGGAAGGAACCCCCUUUUACUAUUGUCACUGCUUCUUUAUAUGCUAAAGGACUGAUUACAGAACAAGAACUUGAAGCCAUUAAGACCAAACAAGGUGUUGAAAGAGGUAGUGAAGUGGCUUUUAAGCUCACAGACAAGAUAAAGGAUAGUGAUGAUCCUACUGCCUGUCUACUUACCAUAUGCGAGAUAUUUGAAUCUGAUGACAUAGAUAAUCAUACAUUGAAGAAACAUGGAGCAAGCAUGAGAAAGAGUAUAUCAAACAGCACAGCUGCUACUGUAACCGUUCAGUCUGACGAGAAUGAAUCUUUUGAGCAUCUUGAUGUGCAAAAAGAGUAUCUCACACCGGAAAAGGAAGAGAAGAUCAAAGCAUUGCGUGAUAGUGGAAGGCCUCUUACUAUAUUAGUGAUUGGUCCAGUUGGUGUUGGUAAGUCAACACUUGUCAAUGCUAUGUUUGGGAAGGAUGUAGCUGAAGUCGGACUUAGUGGAAGAGCCGUUACAACAGAAGUGCAUCCUUAUGAGGGAGAAUACAAUGGUGCUAAGAUAAAAGUGUAUGAUACU